UAGCUUUGCAGUAUUUUCUGCUAUUGCUUCAUUGGUAACUAGAGUGUCCGAGGGGCCCUGAAGGCAGCAGCAGGAUCUCACUGGAGUGGGGUAAAAGUCGCUGCGGCCGAAAACAAGUUCACACAAAAAUGUGACUUUUCUGUGGUUACUACGGACGCACAGGCUUGUUUAGUCACCGUGUACACGGCGGUAACAACUUUUAGUCAGGAGUUAGUCGACGUGUUGCUUCAGUUUAACGGAGUUGUGUUUUCAGUCGGAUGAAGUGAGUGAGACAGGUCGGCGCUAAAGACAGACACGUCUUUUUCGGCUGUGAGUUCGUCUUCUGUCCGAUGUCCGCGGCAAAGUGCGCCGAGGAGCUGGACUUCCGACUGCUCUUUGAGGGGGACUGCACACAAACUACAGGUGCAGACCUCGAUGUGAGGACGUCUCCCUCUUUCACACAGGCCGAGCAGCCCGCCAGCCAGGAGCUGCAGAGUCGCCCUCCAUGUUUCACUGCAGACAGCUACCAGCAUGUCAGACACCAAUCCCAGGGGCCCCAGUACGGAAUGCAGGGGAACCUCAGGGCCUUUGAUUGUCCGAGUAUCCAGAUCACCUCAAGCGCUCCUAACAACCAUGUGGAGCCGAGCAUUAGCCAGGAAGUUUUGGCAGUGGGUGGGGCAGAGGGUGGCUACCUCGAGACAUCCUGGUCCAGAGAUCAGCUCUAUCUGCCCCCAGACCCCUGCUACCGGGACCCGGUGCUUUGCCCAAGUCCCUGCAGCAGCCUGUCAUCCAGGAGUUGGAUAUCUGACCUGUCAUCCUGCGAGUCCUUCUCCCUGCUCUACGACGACGUGGAUGGGGAGCUACACGAUGCUGCCCGCCUAGCCCUAGGGUCCCCCCUUGGUUCACCUCUGGGGUCCCCGGGCUGUGGGGGUGGGGCUUUUGGAGUGGAGUUAUGGCAACAAAAAUACCAGCAUCCUUUAGCCUUUAGCCCAACGUUGUCACCCCAUCAGUCGCCCCGACAAUCGCCCUCCCACUCACCUCGCACCAGUGUCACUGAAGAGACCUGGCUGAAACGCCGGCCCCCU